AUGGAGCACCUCGGCGCUCACCACCUGCACCAAGGCCAAGCCGAGCCCAUCAGCUUCGGCAUCGACCAGAUUCUCAACACGUCGGAGCCGGGCAGCUGCAUGGUGUCGCACCCGCGGCUGCAGGACUCGGCGGACUACGGGCUGGGCUGCAUCGUGGGCAGCGCCUAUAACACGGUCACGGGUGGCUACGGGGCGAGCGGCGGCGCGGCCGGCGCCUACAGCGGCACCUCCUGCAGCAUGGGCGGCCUGCCCGGCUCCUACAACGUGAACAUGGCGGUGAGCAUGAACGGCAACACCUUGAGCUCGGCCGGGGGGGUGAUCCGCGUCCCGGCCCAUCGCCCCGUGGCCGGCGGCGUCCACCAGCCUCUCUCCGCCGCCGUGCCGGCGGUGAACGGCAUGAACAGUCUCACGGGUCUCACCUUUCCCUGGAUGGAGAGCAACAGGCGGUACACAAAAGACAGGUUCACAGGUCACCCCUACCAGAACCGCACGCCCCCCAAGAAGAAGAAGCCGCGCACCUCCUUCACCCGCCUGCAGAUUUGCGAGCUGGAGAAGCGCUUCCAUCGGCAGAAAUACCUGGCCUCGGCCGAGCGCGCUGCCCUUGCCAAGGCCCUCAAGAUGACAGAUGCCCAAGUGAAGACCUGGUUCCAGAACCGGCGCACCAAGUGGAGGAGGCAGACAGCGGAGGAGCGGGAGGCUGAGCGGCAGCAAGCAAAUCGCAUCCUCAUGCAGUUGCAGCAGGAGGCCUUCCAAAAAACCAUCAACCAGCCCAUCCAAGCAGACCCUAUCUGUGUCCACAACUCCUCUCUCUUCGCCCUCCAGAACCUCCAGCCUUGGUCUGAUGACUCCACCAAGAUCACCAGUGUCACCACUGUUGCCUCCGCUUGUGAAUAAGCCUGGCGACCACCAGUGGCACGUACACCUUCUGCUAGCAGGGCUGUCUCCACGGGGACACAUGGCAUCCUUGAUGGGACAUGUAGUCACUCUGUUUCUCCCCAGGGAAGGCUGGCACCCCCCUG